UUACUCGUACUGUUUCGGAGAAUUUUACAUGGCGACUUACUGAAAAUUGUGAUCUAUUACGGCAAAUUUAGGAAGUUAUGAAUAACUGAUAGUCGCCUAAUUGGAGGAGGACGUGCUUCAGACAGGCACCUCACUGUACGAUGGUGUGUAAGGAGGAAUUAUGUAAAUGGUUCAAGAAUCUAAGGCCGCACCAGCGGAUAGAUUACAUGUGUGGACUGCUACAUAUGUGCCUCCCACUGGAACUUCGGUUUCUCGGAUCUGUGCUUGAAGACCAUGGGAAGAAAAACUACAAUUUCCUUCGUGAUGCAGAAUUAAAGGCAAACAAUAGUGCAGAAAUAUCAAAGCUACAAUCGGGAACGGAUAAACAAUUGCGUGCAACAGUCAGUGUUUAUUUGUCGUUGUUACAUUCGUCCAACACCCCGUGCGCUCAACUUCUCUUCGAAGUGUUGGAGAAAAAUCUUGAAAGAGCUUUCACAUUUGGAGCCGAUCCCAAUGACAAUGAAGAAAUCUUGAUGGCUUUGACCCUGGCCAUCAAUCAUCCUGCGUUUCAGUUUCACCAAAAGAACAUUCUCUAUGAGCAUUAUGCAAGAUUCGAUCCCGGGGCAAGUGACAGACGGAACAAGAACACUGAAGCAUGUGACCUCUUCGAAGAGCCAAGUUCAGUUGAAGCAGUUGAAGCAAGACUGAGGGAGCAGCAAGACUCCAUUUGCAACGUAGAGGUGAAAGAGUUCUCCCCACGCAAGCAAUCUGGAAAGAAAUUUGAGUUUAAGGUCCAUGUUACCUGGUCAAAUGGCAGUGUGUUUGAACUCACCAAGACAAUGCGGGAGAUGCACGAUUUUCACAUUCGAUUGUUAAGACUUUUUCCUGAUGAAGUUGAACUUCAAAAAAGAGAAUGGAAAUCCGCCUUUUCAAAUCACUAUAACCAUCACUACCACCAACACAAGGAGGAGCUGGCCAGGACCCUGACAAACUACAUCAGCCUUCUUGUCAGACAGUCUGCUAUACUGAAGCAUGAUCAAGUUGUAGAGUUCUUCAAGGGAGGCAAUCAGAUUCAACAAGGUCAACAAGAGCAAGUUAUCCCUCCUGCACCUCCUCGUGUAGGCUGUGGUGUAACCCUCUCCCCAAUGUCUGUAACUACAGACGGGGAGCAGAUGAUACCUCCAUUUCCACUGAAAUCCUUGACAGUAUGCAACUCGCAACUGCAUCCUUUUCCUCAAAAUUAUCUUGUUCCUAUAGACCCGAGGUUGGCGAGAUGUAACUCUGCAGACUAUCUCCCUGUCCCUAACAACCAAAGGCAUAUCUGUCCCCAUGGAGUUGUCUCCCAUCAUGUAGACUCUCCCUCACACUCCUCCCCUUCCUCAACAAAUGGGUCCCCCCUGAACAGCCGCUCCACAUCCCCCAACCAAAGCUCUGAUAUGUGCAUGGAGACUGUUCAGCUGCUGAAACUCCUCAACCUGGAUCAGUACUCAGACCUACUUGGGAAACUCACCCUCAAACAGCUGAAGUCCCAGUCUUCAGAAGACUUGACUAAAGCUGGUUUACCAAAGGAUGCCCAGAACAACCUCAAGUCAAAACUGGAGACUAUCAACAGAGAGAAAGGAAAUCCUGCAUUGAAUGGUGUAGUAGAUGGUUCCAGUGGGACAUUGUCCCCUGCUUCUCCCAAUAACAUCCCCUGGCCCACAGCCCACGCUCCCCCUAUUGUCCCCAUCCCCUUCUUAACUGGCCCCAUCUAUGUCACCCAUUCCCCUGCCCCUGUGGUACCCCCACCCCAGCCAGAUGGGGUUGGGUCGGACUCCGAGGUAUCAAGUGCACCUCCUAGUCCAACACAGAUGUGUAAUAUGAGACAGAGACAGAAGACAGACAGCUCGGGAUCAGAUGAUAAUGACAAAGACAAACCUAAUGGUAGUGAGUUUGAUAAUCCGCGAACAGAUGGUAAAAGAAGGUUGUAUCCAAAUCGCCCAGGAUUACUUCCACCAAGGUCAGGAGGUCCUUAUCCAGAAGAGGUGAAGGGUGGUUUGGUGAGACAGCCUUCCCCCCAUAACGUCUACUCCGACACCAAGCCUGACCUGGCUCCUGUUGCAACUGCUGCUAUGUCCACACACAACGGGUAUCAGUCGGACCCUAAUCCUAGUCCUGGGACAUCGUCAGGCUUCGCACCGCGCCAUGCCGUCUUUCCCUCCAUCCUUCGUCCCUACGUGAAGCCAGCUCCAGCACACACAAACUUAGCUCUACACAACAAGAAUGUCAUCAACAUGCCGCAAGAAGGUCACGUCAAGCAACAACCGCAUAUGAUGAUGUACUACCACGCCGUGCGCCAAGACAUUCCCAUGACCACUAGUGUGAUGCCAUUGAACCUGAACAACAAUACAGUUACCAAUCAAACAUAUAGUGCUAACAGUGAGGGUGUCAGUUCUCAAAGGAUUAUGCAGCCGUAUAAUAUGUCAUUGUGUCAACGAGGCCCGAUGGUGCCUCUGCAUGGCCCAAGAUCUGUGCUUACCAAUGUUAACAGUGCAACAUCUGUGACUGUUUCACAAGGGGGGUCCCCACAGUCUAUUCCGGCAGGCCACUCUGCCGGUCCAGCUAACCUCAGUGUGAAACCUGCUAAUGGCGUCCCCGUUCCUAUGCCCAACCCGUCUGGGACGCCACCAGAAUCUGUUCAUUCUGGCAGUGACUCUCCACUUCAGAUGAUUCACAAUAGUCAGAGCGCUGCCUCCACCACUAUCACAUUCUCAACUGCAACGUCAACAUUCUCGGCCGCUCCCCAGACAGUGUCCACUACCACUCAUGCUCAGUGUAGUUCAUGUGGCUGUAACUGUAACAGCGGCACCCCCUCCUCUACUAACUAUCAGCCUCAGUACAAUGUCAUACCGCCAUACCCGUACUACAUGCAGGCAAGCAUCUACCAAAAUGGCAUGAUUCCACCCUUCUCCAACCUGCCCACGUACGGGCACCAUGUCCCUCCGCCAGCCUAUCCCAAUGGACUAAAUCAUGAAAUGUAUGUGAACCAUCCAGCUUUUCCACAAAUGCAUCCAGCCAUGGCGGCCCCCCACUUGGUCCAGAGCUUGUAUGGGAACCUCCACCAUGGUCAAGGCAACCCCGGGGCCCAUGUCAAACACAAACCUCAGGGCUGCUACAACUGUGGCUCAUCCUCGCAUAAAGCACAAGACUGCAAGGAAAAUUCAAUGGAUGCUAUGUCAGGACACUACCACCUGGACUACAAACCCAAGUCCGACUCUGACUGACAACGACUCAGACCUGGUCGGUAUGGACGAUCAGGACUAGUGCGUGUCAGCUGUGUGGCUUCUCGGUGAACAAACCGUCAGCACAAGUUCAUUGGCUGUCUUUCAUGAUGUUGAAGAUACAAAGCUGACGAUAGGCUGUGUGCAGUUUUCUGUUCAACCUUUUUGAUGAAGUUUACACAGUUGACUUGAGUAGAUGUUUCUGAAAUGAAGUCCAAAUGGCAAGCACUCAGAUUAGACAGUCUGACUUUGUGCUGAAUAACAAUAUUUGUCAUGUUGUCAAGUUGAUUUUGAUACAAUUCAUCAAGGUUUUACGAGUAUAUACGAGCCAUGUCAGUUAGUGAUUGAAAACUGUAGAAUUUGGACGCUUGUUGAGGUCGUGAGGUCACAGUGGUGUGUUGUGAUACUGGUAUGCUGACAAUUACUCCCUAGCUUACAAACAUUAUCUGCCAAGUGCUGAAGCAUCACAAUUUUCCUUGGUGUUAUUUCCUCUUUUAGUCCCUGUUCAUUGAUGUGAAUGAGGAUUUUUAAUAUCAUAUCUACCAGUCUUUGUACCUGUGCCCUAUUUUCAUUCUCCUAUCAUUUAAGUAUUACUUCAUCUUAAAAUCAGUGAAGUCUUCUCAAUGGUGUCAUUUAUCAUACAGUAUAUUUCAUAUGUUUAUGUUAAUAUUGAGAAGAAUGGAUAUAAGAUAUAAAGCUAGAUGACAAUUUAUAAAAAUGCUUCGGAUUAAUCAGUUUUUGUCAGUUUGCAAGACAGUGGGCUUUAAGAAAUUCCUGCUGCUUGGUUUUAAGGGCAGCAAUGAAAGUAACAAAGUUUUUUUUUAGUUUACUUAUCUGGCCAUCAGUGUUUAUCUAGGAUGAGAAUUAGCUCACAGUCAUAACACAAAUGAUCACUGUAUUCGUGUAUUCUGUAUGUCAAUUGUGCACACUUCAUGCCUCUGAGCAUUUGUACUUAGCAAAAGCGACAGACAAAAGGAUUGAUGGCUUACCCUUCUCUAGCUGUCUGUCCUGCCUACGUGUUUGUGCAAUGAUGAGUUGGUAGUUGAUGACUGUCAAUCUGUAGCAGUGCUACAGGGUGCCAUUUACUGUAGCCGUUUUACGUAGCUUCAGUCACACAUAAUUUCACCAGUAAAUUAUUUUAGCUAUGGAGAUAUUGAUUGUCAAGACAUAUCUAGCUAGCAAUGAUCUUAUUGCCAAUUCAUAUCUAACUGUUGAGAGAAGCUGUUGUAUGUGGCUUAUACAAGUUGGUCAUAUCUUUCACUGAGUAGCUGUUUAGAUGAUAGUAUUUACUAGUGAUAUAUUUUUAAGGAAUUGAAAUUAAUUCUCGACAAAAAUCACUGUUAUCAACUUAGCGGUUUGCACUUUGAUUGCAGACCUAUUUCCAGUUGGAACUGGUUAUUUCUGGUUUGUCUCAUGUCACACUAGUCAUGUCAUACAUCAAAACACUUCGCCCAAGUGCUUGUUUAUCAUUAUGAUAUUUAUUUUUAUGAGUUUAUUUUAUGAUGUAUGUAUAUUUCCCAACGUAUGUGCUCAAGUAGUGUGGUGUCCACUCCUGUAUGUUUAUGUAUGUACCAUUGUCUCUUCACUGCAUUGCUAUGACAGACUCACUCAUGCAGGUAUCAAGGUCACAGGACAGAAGUUACUGCAGCUGAAAUUACAUUUGAGAGGAAAUUACCGGUAUCCUUCUUGAUGACAGGAAAUUAUCCUUCUUGAUGAGAGGAAAUUAUCCUUCUUGAUGCUUUGCAUUUCUGUUUUGGUAGAUUUUUUCCAAAGCAAUGUGCAGUUGGUAUUUGCAUUUAAAACAAUGUUUAUCAGGUUGAAGGAUGGACUGUGUGUAAAGUAGGCAAAGAAAUAGACCUUAGACCUUUUCUUUCUGAUCACUCAUCAUCAUCAUUGUCUUUGUGUACCAUUCAAGUCAGUUUCAAUUAAUAUCUCUAUCCAAUAACUCUAGUCUUGGAUGUAUACAGGUGAGGUUCAUAUGCAAUAUUUCAUAAAUUGUGUUUCAGUACCCAAAUGUUUAUCAAGUAGUUAAACCACAUGGCGUUCCUGUUAAGCAGGUGUGUCACACUAAUUUAUUGUAUGAAGGAAAUAUAUUACAAACUUGCCACUAGGGUAACAGUAUGACAUGCAGACUUAAGUACCUGUUCUCGUGCCAAUACAUGAAUGUUUAUUUAUAUAUGCUCAUGAAGAAAGUAUUAGCAAUGUCAUGGAUAUAAGUUAUUGUUUUUCACAAUUCAAGAGGCUGGUUCCACAAGCUGAUCUUAAUGCUAUGACAAUCGUAAGUCCUACUGAAUAGAUACUAUGAUAGGCAUUGGCUUAAGAUUUCCUUAUAGAACAAGGCCCUGCUUUCUGGUCAUAAUGGUACCACGAUGACCAUAGCUUUAACAUGUGUUGUUUGUAUGGUUAUCCUGAUAACAGAAAUGACCUUUUGGCAAAAAUGAGGCAUAGACUAAUAGCUGUAAGUUGAAAUGUUUGUCAUAUCCUGUUGCUACUGGAAUGGAAUUCUUGACAGAUUGAUCUCCAUGUUAGUACAUGUUUGUGUGUGACAAGGACAAGCUGACAACAUUAACAAGGAGUGGACAGAUGCUUAGGGUUUCAGUCUAAUCAGACAUUGUCCUCCCAGUUCCCAUCUAAAAUCACUGUACAUAUUUUUUGUAUGUUAAUUGGUUUGCUUUCAAGUGUGCUGUUUAAAAAAUUGUGUGCCAAAUGUUUUUGUUCAGAAGAUUUAGAAAAUCUUGGGUCAUCCCCAAAGAAAGUCACCUGGCUUAAUAUUCCCCAUCCCAUUAUCAACCCUUGGCAGUCAGAGAUGAAGCUGUGACGUGUGAGCAUCACUUGCAGCUGUUUAGCAGAACAUGGGACCUGUAAUACUGAGGACUGUCAAAUAUUGUCCCUGUGUGCAGCCACACUUGUAUUGUAUGGAUUGCAGACUUUUUCACACCAAUUAGCUUGGUUGUUAAAAAUAUGAAUAAAAUCGUAGCUCAAUAGUUUUUUAUGUUUGCCAUGAAGAUGUUUCAGUCAAUCAGUUUUGACAUAAAAAAAAGUAGAAACAUGAUACUGUUUAAUGUGCAGAGUUUUUGGUAUUUUACUGUAACAUGUCCUGUAUAUAACUUCAGAGAAGGCUUUGUUCUCUUGACAGGCUUGCAAGGGCCAGAGAUUUUUAUCAAGCAUUAUUUGAAAAGUUAAUAGUUUCUUUCCUUUUGAAUUGUUUAUAUUGUUGUAUUUUUAAUGUUUCUUAUCUGUCAAAAUUAGAGUUGUCAGGGAAAAUAAGACUAAUAUGAUUACAAAUAUGAAUAAAACAUUUAAGCUGUUUUCAUUUAAAUUUUGGCGAAUCUGUAAACCCAAGAAUAAAUAUAAGUGGCCUUAUUAUUUGUAUUAUGUCAACAUUGAUGCUAUGUUAGAACUUCAAAAUGAAACCAAUUGUUGUCCAUUAAGGCUCAAUUUAUUACAUGGACUUGUGUAACAAAUUUAGUAUGAAGGAUAAUGCAUUGGGACAUGGAUAAAGUGCUGAAGCUAUUGACACUGGUAAUCUGACCUUCAUUGUGAAUCACAUCCUUAUUCAUCAAAGCAAUAACAUUGACUGUCAUAAGUUAAGAUUUAUCAUUAAGACUCAUGUUAGUUGAAGUUAUUAGGUGGCUUUGUAGACCAGGAUCCUUGCUAUUAGUUGGCAGUAAUCAGUUACUUGUUUCACAAAGCGAUCCUAGUGCUAGGACGACAGUUGCAACUCCUAUAAUGUAAGAUAGUCUUACGAUAGUUGUAGGGCUACAAUCAUUGUAUGAAAUGAGCCCCAGGUCUUUGUUUGCUUUAGACAUCAGCCCAGCAGUAUAUUCCACAUCUUACUGACAAUUGUACUCAAGUAGUCUGUUCAUCUCUAGGAUUCAUAUGAAAUCUAUGUCUUGUGUACCUUGAAUUUUAUUGAUGAAGAGAAAUAUUUCUUUAAAAAUACACAUAGAACACUAGAGCAUGUCAUUCUAAAUAUCCAUUUGUGCCAGAUUUGCACAUUGAUGAUAAUUUACUGCCAUUGUGCUCCCCACUUGUCUAACCUGUCUUGGCCUUGGUGGCUAUAAGGUCUACUCUGCACAGCCAAAGAUUUAUUUUUCUAUAUUAGACAUUUCUUCAUUCAAAUACAUGACAUCUUUUACUUAACCUGUGUGAGUGAUUGACAGAUAAAGGAUGUUUUGCUUUAACCAAACAUUUUGCAAGCACUGCUAUGCAAAGGUGUAAAUUUCUUUCUUGUAUGUACAUAAGUGGGUGAGAAUGAAUCUGAAACUUGUAUCAAAAUCAAGGGCUAUAUAUAUAAAACUGAAAAAUUUUGUGAUCAAAUUAGCUUAUGUGCAUAAAUAGCUGAGGUUAGCAUGUUAGUAUCUUACUAUGUUUCAUGACAGGGUGCAGUUCACAUAGCAAUCCUGGCGAUCCAUACCCCAUUCACACUGACUCGUGGUAGUCAUUAGACUAAGUUUGCUUUGAGUAAUGGAGCCCUGGUCACCAUGAAUUUAUUUCAUUGGAUAAUUGUAUAUGUCUAUCAGAUAGGUACAUUUUUUACAUAAUAAUCAGUAGCUCUGUGAUGCCAGUCACCAUAAGAUACUACAAGAUGGAUACAGUUUCAUGAAAUCCUUGACAUUGACAUUGAAUCAAUGUUGAUUUUAUGAGAUACUGAGAAUGAAAUGUACAUAAUUUCUGUACAGUGUUAUUUGCAUGGGAAUGAAGUGAUAUUUAUUCUCUUGUAGAAAGUCACAAGUAUGAGAUCAGUCACAAAUAGAAACAAGUACUGUGAUGUCCCAAUGCUGCCCUGCCCCUCCUUUCUGUAAAUACAAGAUCAAGUUGUGUAUAUUCGAGUUAUAUGCUUACUACAGCCAAAAUAGUUUGUCUCAUAUUUCAAAGCAUAUCCGCCAGCCAGUUACUUUUUUGUCAACAAAUAGAAUUCUGAUGUUUCACGUUUGGGUUAAAAAAGUAUGCAGUAUGAUUUGAGGAAUUUAGACCUUGCUUUAGCUGCAUUUUAUUGACAGAGUCCUUGUUUGCAAGUAUAAUCACUUGUUGAGGCAUUGUUCUGACAUAUGGAUCUUGUUUGAGUGCUUAUUGUUGCGUAUUGACAUCCCGUUUGUGCUUUGUGCUGGAGUGAGGAGUUGUCUCAGCACUCAGUUUCCUUGUGGAGUUGAUAUGGAACUUCACCAAAUCACCUUGACUUUCCUUGUGGUCAGAGUAUAGCCUUAUUGAGCAGCCUUGGAUUGACUGAGAAUCAUGCCGAAUAGUGACAUGUUUCAUCUAUUAGAAUUUACCUAUUAAUGCAGUUAAAACCUUUUAUUGUAUUUGACUCGAUAUUUGCAAUUUUGUUCAUAACUUAUUUCAGAUUAACAGUGCACAGUACUCUCAAAAGUAAGAAUGUGAUGUACCAUGUAUUGGGGGAGGGAUGAGGUAUUAGGCGACCCCCAAACUUGUCCCUUGAAAUGACUAUCUAAAUGAUAUGCAGUGAGGAAAGACCAACUUCUACCAAGAGCAACAUACAGAUGAUAACAUACAUCAUACGUAGGCCAUGUUUUGAAGCCAAGCUAGAAAGGCCUGGCCUGCUUGUCUUAUCUUAUAACUGAAUGGGAAACUAUGCUAUAUAUAUAUUUGAUGAACGAAUAACAUUAUCUGUAGCAAGUUGAUGUGUAGGCCUAGUGCAGGUGUACUGUCUGUCUGGUGUGGUGCCGUCAUUCCUUAUAAGUGCUGUUGUUGAGCAUUGUUUAUACACAUACACAUACACAUACAUCCUAGUGCAUACAUCUGUACAUUGUUUGGCCCUUGGCUGUAUCUGUUUUGCCAAUCUCCAACACCCACCAUUGUCAAGCUCAUCACCUGUUCAGAAACAUGUGUAAACUAUGUCACCAGUAUUUUUUUAAAGGUAAAUGUAUUUUUAUUGAAAUUCAGAGCAAGAUGUUUUCUUUAUGUACAGAGGAUUAUAAGCAACUGGUAGUUAUUUUAGCCAAAGUGUGAGUGUGGAAAACGCCAAAAAGUGUGCGCGAGUGUUGCUGUGUGUAGACUUUUCAUGAGUUUGGUGCCAAUUUUACUGUUUUGUCUGCAGUUGUGCCAUGAGAGUUAGUGUGUGGUAUGGCGGUGACGAUGGAUCUUGUGUUGGAGGCUGUUGUCAGUGCAGUGUUAACAUGGUUGAUAAUGAGUUGCUCCAUUGAAAGUCAUCAACAUUGUAUCAAGUGUUUCUUUUAAAGAAUGGUUAAUAUAUUUCCCUUUUUUGUUUCCUAAGGUAUUAUUGUAUGUCAUAUUGAUCAAUUUGAUAUGAAUUGUUAACAAUUCAUCUAAAAUUCAUAUUCAUAUAAAAGUUGUUGUACAUAAAAGUUUUGUGUGUCCAAAUAAUUAGGAUAUCUUAAAUGCAAUCAAUAUUCAGACUAGUUUAGUCAUUUAUCUUAACAGGUUCCCAAACAUACAUUUUUCAUGGCGUUCUAUAUUUCAGUGUGGCAUAUUUUCAUUUUUGUAUGAGGUUUAAGCAAUGUCUAAGCCUUCUCUGACCAUGUUUAAAACACUCCACAAAACAAAGUACUGAAACCAAAUGGGAUGUUGCCAAAUUGCUUCUUUCUUCCUAUAAUGUAGAAGAGAAUCUGUGAAAACCUAUAGAACAUCAUGUACUGGUGUGAGUAUUUUGACAAUGGCCAAGUACAACGGAAAUUAUGAACAUGUAGCUUAUGAAGAGGCCUAGUUUGAAAUGUAAAAAAAGUGAAUUAUUAUGUUUGUUACACUGAAUUUGCAAGAAGAUCCCUAAAGAACAGUUUUAUCUUAUGGUCACUUGUGAAUUAGAAAUAAUGAAUUUUAGAUUGGUAGUGGAACAUGGAAUUAAGUUAAUUUAAUAGUAUAUUCAUCUAAAUUAUUGUUUGAAUACCAUUCCCCAUGUUAUCAGUGUAACAGCAUCCUUUUAACAGAAUGAAUGAGAAGCGUUUUAUUGUGUGUGUCUGAUGUUUGUUGAUCAAAAGUGCAACACUUAAUUCCCAAUGUCCAUUACAAUGGAAACGAGAUAAAAAUGGUUUGGUCUGUUUCUUCACAACGUUAUUCAAUUCCAGUGACAAAUGUGAUGGCUUUUAGAAUGGUUUUAUAGGUGCUACUGUUAUUCUAUGGGAUUUUAUUUAUUGGAUCACUUGUUACAGAUUCAAAUUAUUUUAUGUUCUUUGAUUUCCAUUAAUGUCAUUACUUUUAGACAAUCCAAUGACAUGGCUGUUUGACCAUCCAAUGACAGUUUGUAUAUUACGACACUACCGGAUAUUAUUGUACUUUUAUCUGAUAUUAGUUGACUUUAUGGAAAGCAGAAUUUCCACAAACACUGACUAGAUUCGAAACCUUUAGGUAAGUGUCAAGUCUUGUUAGUAGGCAGAGAGUAUUAUCUUCACACAUUUCACCAGUAGUCACAUGUUAAAAUUCUCCAGUUUGUCUUACCGUGUAUACAUAGGACUGUUGGUAGGUUGCUGUAGAGUAGGAGCUCUCAAGUAUUCCAUGUUUAUUCCAGUUGUGAGAAAAUGUUGAAAUGUUCAGUGCGACUUAUCGGACAUUUGACACAAUAUGAUGUAUGCCUUGUUGAAUAAAGAAAAUAUAUAUAUUUUGUUAGAUAAUUUUCAUAUCUUCGCCAACUUCCUUGGCUAGAUUUGUGGUAUCGUUGCUCAAAGAUACAACCCGAUCUGUUCAAAUGAGAACUUAACAUUGUGAGUAUCAUUAUACUAAAUUUUGUGGAUAUUAAUAUAAACAGCUGUUUGCAUAUGGAAGUUGGUCUCCAAGACUGUUUGAAAGCUUGCUUGGAAAGUUGACUUUGUACAUAUUUAUCAAAUCACUGUGUUCCUGUACAGAGAAAGAAUGGUUUUUAAGUUAAUGUGUGUAUGAAAUGCCUCCUGUGUUGUUUAUGUUGAAAUAUUUUUCAUCAGCAUGGGCUGAUGCUGCAAGGUUGAUAUAUUUGUAGCCAUUGAACACGGAGGGAAGUGUCAAUUGUAUUUUAUGCAUCAAAAUAACUGAUCUUGUAAUAGGAAAUCAUGACAAAUAAAGCCAAUAAAAAUGGAUAAAAUGAACUCCA